AGUCCUUCACAGGCAGAGGGUCAGAGAGAAACGGACGAGAGCCAAACUCCGCCAUAGCCCGACGUCGAACGCCGCCGCCAACGCCAAAGGCAGCCGAUCCGCCGCGAGGCAUUCAAGGUAAAUCGCUACUGUUCCGCCUUCUUGCCGCCAUUUUAUCAAGAGUUUAUAACCUUAUAAGGUUGAGAAAAAAAGCAAAGAGGAGAUGAACAAGAAGGAGGUGUUGAAGCUAGCGAAGGGGUUUAGAGGGAGGGCAAAGAACUGUAUAAGAAUUGCAAGGGAGAGGGUGGAGAAGGCACUUCAAUACUCUUAUAGAGACCGCUGCAACAAGAAGCGCGACAUGCGCUCUCUUUGGAUCCAGCGUGUUAAUGCUGGGACCCGCCAGCAUGGUGUGAAUUAUGGUAAUUUUAUGCAUGGGCUGAUGAAGGAAAAUGUGCAGCUGAACAGAAAAGUACUGUCUGAGAUAUCUAUGCAUGAACCCUAUAGUUUCAAAGCUCUCGUUGACAUCUCGCGAGCUGCUUUCCCCGGGAACAAGCCAACCGUUGUCCCUCCUCUGGAAAACAAAAAGGGUCUUUCACUUCUUGUUUAACGAAAGCUGAUUCUCUCAAUAAUUAUGGCUCUGUUUUUUACUUGCAGUUUUUGUAUGAAUUUGUGAACAUGGAUUUCUUUCAAGGCUAGUGAAGUGUUUGGCAGAACAUGAUGAUGUUAAUUCUUAAAACCAGUGUCGGAAUUUGAAUGUUGCUCUUUGGGGCAGAAAUGUUGGUGUUGGUUAGAUGAAAAUAUUAAUGAUAUGCAAGACCACAAACUGAAUAUGAAAUUUCUGGAGAUGUUUUCCUUGUUGGCCACAUUCAUGUGAACAAGAUGCAGAUUAAUAGUAUGAGUGCUGAUCUCAACGAGAUUCUUGAAAAAUGCGAGAAGAAAAUUCAUUCCUGGAAGAAGAAAAAAAAUAUUGGCAUUUUUUUCAAACAAAUCAAUUUGUCAGUCAGUGCAUGUUGUUCUUUUGGUGAUGGCAAAUGUAAAUCAGGGGAUUUGCCAUGCGUGCGGCUCUCUUGGCGGGGUGAUGAUGUUCACUUAGAGAGAACAUCUCAUUUUCUUGCAGACGUAAUUUGCCCAGUUGUGUUGGAAACAAUUGUAAAAGGUGAUCAUAGGGUCUCUUCUGCUAGUAUAAUCUGGAGUAGUCCUCAGACGAUGACUUGGAUUAAAGGCUCUAGCAAGAAUCAACCGGGUGAACGGCUCUAGAAGUUGUUCUUGAGAAGGAAGCUGUUAAACAAAGCGGAGAUGCUUGGAGGAUUGUCAUGGACUCAUGUGUACCUUAUAUCCAUCUUAUUGGCACUAGACGUUCUAUAUCUUAUGCUAUCAAACAAGUGCAAGAGUUGCUUGGGAUUUCUUGUGCUUUUGAGCAAGCUGUUCAGGACACAAUGUAGAGAGAAAGGAGUUCUGAAAGGCCAUGGUUACAAAAGGAUUGUUGAGUUAACCCAACAAGAAGGUCAAAAUGUCUAUGAUAUCCUCCUCCUGAUGAGAAGCAGUCAUGAUCGUAGAGAAAAGGGUACUAGGUGCAGAUAUUGAUGAUCUGAUGCCUGAAGAUGCAAAUUUAGACUUGUGCUUAUCACCAGAAAGAGAUUCAGAGUCAGCGAAACCUACAUUUGAAUAUACAAUUGAUGAUAUAUGAUCAAUGAGAAUGUGGGUCAACAAGGUGGUGGUGGUUGGGAGAAGGCUUCGAAUGACACCUCUGGAAUGGGUGGGACCCUGUUGAGAAAAACUCUACGACGGCAACCGAUCAAUCAGACUCUUUGUCCUCCUGGGGUGCUGCUAAAGAAUUGGAAGGUCGCUGUUCUCUUGUACAACCUGCUUAUAAUGACUCCUGGGGAAAGGCUUCUAAAAUAUCAGAAUCUUGAUCGGUCAACAACAAAAACUUCUUGGGGGGAGAGAUUCUGAUGAAGCAUCUGAGAAAGGCCAUGGUCAACAUUGGGGUAGUCAUAAGAAGCAUGAUAAACAAGCUUCAUGGGGAAAUGCUGUCAAGUUUAGGGGACUGGGACCAAACCACCGAUGGGAAAUCGUCAACCUCUAGUGGUGGUUGGAAUAAAAAACCAGAAUCUAAUAAAGGCCUCGAUCAGUCUGGAUCUUCCUGGGAUGGACUGAAGAAUGAAACAGGUGGUGGUUGGGGAGUGGAGCUCACAGAAAAGAGAGUCUUCGGCCAAUGACUCAUGACUCAGCUGGUGGGUGGGGUGCUUCUAAAGCUGGUGGUGAUGCUGAUUGGGGCUCACAGAAAAGUGAGUACUUGGUCAAUGACUCAACUGGUGGGUGGGGCGCUUCUAAAGUUGGUGGUGGUGCCGAUUGGGGCUUACAGAAAAGUGAGUCUUUGGUCAAUGACUCAGCUGGUGGGUGGGGCACGCCCAAAGAUGGUGGUGCUGAUUGGUCAUCACAGGUUCACUCAAGUACUGGGUUGAACGCAACAAUGUGGAUUUUCUGCGGUUUGGGAUGACAGGGCUGUUCCGGAGGCUCUUGAUUGUUCUGCCCGGUGGGUAGAAGGUUUGCCUUUUGUCAAGUCAUUGUCUGGGUAUUGGAAUUUUUCCCUGGCUCCCAGUCCUUCGAGUCUUCCUCCAGAAUUUUACAGUUGGUUUUUUCAGGACUCUGAAUGGAACAAGAUUCCGGUGCCUUCCAAUUGGCAGUGUCAUGGAUAUGACAAGCCAAUUUAUACAAACACUAAAUAUCCAUUUCAUUUUGAUCCACCCAAAGUUCCUGAUGAGAAUCCCACUGGCUGCUACAGGACUAUGUUCUUCAUUCCUAAAGAAUGGGAAGGGCGCAGGAUAUUUCUACAUUUUGAAGGUGUAGAUUCAGCCUUCUAUACAUGGGUAAAUGGGGUUCCUGUUGGAUAUAGCCAGGAUAACAGACUGCCAGCUGAAUUUGAGAUAACAGAUUUUUGUCAACCAUGUGGGGCCUGAUAACCGCAACUGUCUAUCUGUUCAAGUAAUGCGCUGGAGUGAUGGUACAUACCUUAAAGAUCAAGACCACUGGUGGCUUUCUGGCAUUCACCGUGAUGUUCUUCUUCUAGCAAAGCCAAAGAUAUUUAUUGCUGAUUAUUAUUUUAAAUCAAAUUUGGCUCGAGAUUUUUCUUAUGCAGAUAUAGAGAUCCAAACUUUUCUGAUAUAUUUAAGCUUGGGUUUGGAAAGGGAGGGGAGUGGACUGGUCGAGUAUAUGGAGGAGGAUGAAGGGUUGAUUUUUAAGAUGGUUUAAAGGCAUAAGAAUAGGGGAGAAAAAGGGGGAUACUGGUUGUGCUUUUUAGGAGGGCCGAAAAUUUGGAAGGGAAAAUAAGAGGGGAAAAGGGAUAAAAACCAAGUAGGUUUUAAGAGAUAUAACACACUCUUAUCCUCACUUGGGGUUUGAGUCUAGAAUUUAAUUAAGAUAUUACACACUCAAUUAAAUAACUAGAACCUAACACUCACACUUAAGGAAACCAACCUUAAGAUAUAGAAAUUAGGAUUUGAAAACAGAAUACAACCAGUGUAUUUCUAUCUUGAAAUGAAGAAUAAAAAUCUGAGCAUUACAAUAGGCCUAUGGCCGAAAUUUAAAGGCACUCAUACAAAGGAAAAUACUAAGCUAUUUCUUCCACAAAUCCUAGAAAAUGCAGUCAUGUGCUUGAGUCCUUUCAUGGAAUAAAAUCAGGGAAAAUGGGGACAGGGAUUCAUGAAUGAAUAUUCAUGAAUGGAAGGGGAUUUUCGG